CUGUUUUAGUCUAUGAUUUUGACAAAAAGAGGUUAUGUUUACUGAAUAGUUGAUAAUUUUGUCGAGUCAGUUCAGAUAUUUGUGAAUUCAAACACUUACCGAUAAAAAGCAAGAUGUUAGUUACAUUAAAAACUUUACAACAACAAACAUUUCAAAUAGACAUAGACCCAGAGGAGACGGUGAAAGCUUUGAAGCUGAAAAUUGAAGUGGAAAAAGGUAAAGACUAUGCGGCAGACCAUCAGAAACUUAUUUAUGCGGGUAAAAUUCUUCUUGAUGACAAUAAGUUAUGCACCUACAAUAUAGAUGAAAAGAAAUUCAUCGUUAUCAUGGUAACGAAACCUAAAUCAUCUGAUAACCAACAAGCGUCAUCGACCUCUGCGCCAGAAGCUGGAGAAAGUACGUCAACCGAAAGUGGUGACGCUAAAAACAAAGCCGCCGAAGAAACGCCGAAGCCUGCUCCGACUGCAGAACCCGAGCGCGCCGUCGAACCGUCUGUUACUUCUACCGAUCUUGACUUUGAAUCAACAGUCCAAAGCAUUAUGGAUAUGGGCUACAACAGACAACAAGUAGAACAGGCUCUGCGCGCAUCCUUUAGUAACCGUGAAAGAGCAGUUGAAUAUCUUAUCACAGGAAUCCCUGAAGAGUUACUUCAAGAACAGGAAGUCGAAGAAAGUUCUGAUGAAGAUCCAUUAGGUUUCCUACGUGAUCAACCACAAUUUCAACAAAUGCGUGCUGUGAUUCAGCAAAAUCCAAAUUUAUUAAACACUGUAUUACAACAAAUUGGACAAUCAAACCCAGCCCUCUUGCAAGCUAUAAGUCAGCACCAACAAGCUUUUGUCAGAAUGCUCAAUGAACCUGUCAAUGCUCCAGCCGCCGGAGCUGUUCCCGAAGAAGUUGCUGCAGACAGUCAAAUAGCACAACCACCACAAAAUGUCAUUCAAGUUUCACCUCAAGAUAAAGAAGCUAUAGAAAGAUUAAAAGCUCUUGGAUUUCCCGAGCAUAUGGUAAUACAAGCUUAUUUUGCCUGUGAGAAGAAUGAAAAUCUUGCAGCAAAUUUUCUACUGUCUCAAAACUUCGAUGAUUAAAAUAGUCAGUGUAACAAAAUAAAAUCCUGUCAGCAUAUUUGCUACUGGUUCUAAAUAUUAAAUAAUUGAAGUAAAUAUACUGUUAGGUUUAAUUUUCAAUCUUUGAAAAAUAAUAACAAAUUGCAGAACUUUGUUGAGAAAUAAAAAGCCUAUUAACCUUUUUAGUAUGUCUUUCAUAUGUAAGUUGCACUAAAAUUCACACAACUUGUCAAUAAUAUGUAAUGUUCAAUUCUUUCAAAUAAAACAGUUAUUGUUAUCAUUUAUGAUAA